GUUUUUGUUUACUGGAAAAUUGUAAAUUUAUGAAAUUGGAGGGAGGGUCGUAAACGGAAUCCGACAUUGAGCAACAGAGUUCGAGAAGAAUCCAUGGUGGCCAUUUCCCUUUACAGAGGGAACCUCCACAGGGUCCCCGAUGUGCCUCGUCGCUGGCUUAUGCCGAUCCACAACAUUUCUAUUAGAGACUUCAAAUCCCUUCUGCACCGUCGUUCAAAAGCCCUCUCUCGCCUCUUCGCCACCGCCUCUUCUUCUCCGGCUAAAGUUUCUACUUCCCCUAACUCUAAUCCUAUUUCGAAUUCUUUAAUCAAACCAGACGUUGAAGGACCUAGAAAUAAUGCGUCUGCUCCUGAGGUGCCAUUGGAAACUGAAAGGGUUGGUGUUGGUGAUGAAAGACCUUCUGCGCAUGUUAAGAAGAGGAAGAAGUCGGACAUUGGCGAUGAUUGUUUGGGGAAAUCGACUGAGGGGUUUGAUUCUGUGAAUGGAACAAAACCUUGUUUUAUUGAUCAAGGUUCUGAUCCAGUGGAAAAUGGUGGCGCGCAUUCUAACGAGGAAAAUCAUGCUGUAUUAGAAAACCCUAACAAAGAGGCAAAUGAGGAUUUGUUAGAUGUCGAGGAGAACAGGAAAAAGGAAGUUGAAGAGAAGCUAAAAGUUUUGAAUGAGACAACACAUAAUCUUGUGCAAGUGUUAAAACAGAUCUUCCAUGUGGAAGAGGAAGUAAAAAGGCGUAGGAGUUUGCAAGGGACAGAAAUUCGCGCUUCUGCUCCUCCUCUUCAAGUGGAUGCCUCAGCCGAUACGGGGUCGAUGACCAGACCGCUUGCUCCUAGGGUAGCCACAGAAGUGAAUGCUAAUGGAGAUACUGAAGGUGGAGAAGCUGAUGAUCUUUUGAACCAGAAUGUUCCUUCAGAGUCUCCUCUUAGAAGGCCUGCCCACAUACAACCUAAUAUGGGCUUGCAUCCAUCCCGAACAAAUUUUAGCCUUACUGGAAGCCCGUCGUGUUUACCUCCGGCUGGGCAAUCUGGGCUUCCUCCAAACCUGCCCACACUAUCUGUAUCUGGGACCAACUACAUUGCAUUCUCACAUUCUCCUGCAGCAUCUGGGGGCACUUCAGUUCUCAGAGAUGCUCGGCAGCCUAGCCCAUGGAAUUAGAGGUCGUCUCUGUAAUUCACAUUGGUGAGUUCGUUUUGAUUCUCGACUUCCUGGUUCGGCAGAGCAAAGUGAGUUCUAAGACUAGUUUCAUGAUGUAUAGUCAGGUAUGAUGAUCUACCCAGCUGCAAGUUUGCAUUUGGGAUAACUCAUAACAUCGUUCAACUGGUGUUUUUGUAUUUUUAUCAAGUGGUACAAAACUGUAAGGAUGCUUGGCUCCUUCGUUUUUGACUUCUUGAACCUAUUCUAUUGGUAUAGCCCAAACUCAAUUAGGUGAAGCUGCGAUCUUGAAGAUCGCUCCAUAAGAUCAACCUAACCUAGCCCAACCUACUUAAACAAUCUAAAGGCUUGACUCGGACAGAAGUAAGAAGAAAGUAAGAUAGACAUUGUAUAUCCGAAAAAUUUCAAUUGGAUUGGAUGACCUUAUCCUCAAACAUAGCUGUUCAUGCUCAGUUUAGAUUGAAGCUUAGCCAGUCCUCAGAAAUUUUGUGGGUUGUUGUUUCUUGGUAAUCUUUUAUAUGAUCAUUGAUCAUGAUCAGCUGAUAUCUACUCAAAAACAGAUUUGGUUGAGAGAACGUUUAACUGCAGCUAGAAAUUAGGCUUAAUAAUUCAAAAUCUUAAUGUUAGAUUUUACACUUUUUGGAGUAAUACUUAACUGAUUAUCACUGUAUGAAAACUUUCCUUUUAGAAUUCCUUCGUAAUAUCAUCCUUUCCUCUGCAUGCAUGAAGUAUAAAAUAUUUUUUUUUUUUUUUUUUUUUUUAUGGGUAUUUCAAAUUUAAAAACUAAAAUAGAACAAUAAAUUCAGUGGUCAAUUUCGAUAAGGGACUGUGUCUGCAGAAGCAGUUAAGUUAGAUUGACCAUCAACGGCCCCAUAUCUCACCCACACGACUACCCACCACCCUCUGCAUUCCCAAGCUCUCAAUCUCACAAAUCCAUGGCUUCUCACGAAACUUCCUCAUCCAUCGACCCCAACCGUAGAAACCAUCCCGCCGCCGCCUCCGUCGUCACUCUCGGCGCUGUCUCUCCCAACCCAACAUCACCAAAACUAGAUCCCAUAACCCCUUUGUCGGACUCAGACAAGUUGUCAAAAUCACACCCACCUUCCCCCAAAAUGGUCGGCCCCAGAACAGUGCCAAUGGUAGCCAAAAAACCCAACGAAGCCCCUCUGGAACACUCUACCACAGAGAAAUUCAACGACUCUGAAGAGAAAUUCGAACGCAUGAUCAACUGUAUCACAGCCAAAGAAAGUGAAAUGAAGCAGCUCCUAAAGGAACACGAACAUCUCACUCGCAGGCUCUCUGUUUCUCUUUCUUCAUCACGGAGUGGAAGAAGAAGAAGAUCAAUCUGUGGCUCACAGAUUGAAUUAGCAGACGUGUUUGCUAACAACGGUGUCAAAGUGGUUUCGGCCGAUAUGCCGCCGUUUAUGCAGAUCCACGCCGUCGAUUGCGCUAGAAAGGCCCACGAUAGUAUGGAAAAGUUCACUUCCAAAUCCCUUGCAUUGACUCUCAAGAAGGAAUUCGAUGGGGUUUACGGGCCGGCAUGGCAUUGUAUUGUGGGGAAGAGUUUUGGGUCAUUUGUGACACACUCAGUGGGUGGAUUUCUGUACUUCUCCAUGGCUCAAAAGCUUUACAUUCUGCUCUUCAAAACCACUGUACAAAGAGCCAAUUAGAAACAAUCAAUCGCUGCUCAUGUUUAGGCAGAGCAACAACUCUGUUUUUUUCUUGUUUCA